CCCAAGGCGCAUGCGUAUGUUGGGCCCGGGCUCCGGCGAGUUUUUCCGGUUGGAGGGGAGUGCUUCCGGGUCGCUGCCGGCUACGCCCUUUCCCUCAGUCUAGGAGCCAUGUCCACCUUGUUCCCAUCACUCUUACCCCGGGUGACUGAGACAUUGUGGUUUAAUCUCGACCGCCCCUGUGUGGAGGAGACUGAACUUCAGCAACAGGAACAGCAGCAUCAGGCCUGGCUUCAGAGCAUUGCAGAGAAAGACAAUAACCUGGUACCUAUUGGCAAGCCAGCCUCAGAGCACUAUGAUGAUGAGGAAGAGGAAGAUGAAGAUGAUGAUGAAGACAGUGAAGAGGACUCUGAGGAUGAUGAGGACAUGCAAGACAUGGAUGAGAUGAAUGACUAUAAUGAAUCCCCUGAUGAUGGCGAGGUCAAUGAGGUGGACAUGGAAGGCAACGAGCAGGAACCAGACCAGUGGAUGAUCUAAGACACAGUGGGUUUCAGCAUAUUCCAGGCCAGCCCAACCCAGCCUGCACCUCUGCAGAACCAGCAGAUCGCCCCAGUGCCUGGAAACUCAGCUACAGACAACACCUCAUCUUGUUGCCAGGACCUGGUCUAGGCCUCCGCAGGACACCUGUCUACCCCUGAAUCUCCAGAGCCUAAGUGUACCUCACCUUUUUGGCCAGUACUUCCCACUCAGUUGUCCAGCCUAGUUUCUUUGUAACUCUUUAAUAAAGACACAGGACUGAUUUCUCCUCA